AUGGAGGAGGACGAGGGGGCUGCGGGAGGCGCGGAGCAGCGGCGCCCCCGCCGCCGGCCCGGGGCCGAGCGCUCCCCCAGCCCCAGCCGCCUGGACGUGAGCUCCAGCCGCUUCGACCCGCUGCUGGCGCUGUACUCCGCCAGCACGCCGCUGCCCUUCCCCGCCGCGCCCUGCUUCAACAACCUCGCCGAGUACGAGAGCUUCCAGCGCGGCCUGCUCCGCCCGCGCGGCCGCCGCUCCGCUCCCUCGCGCCGCGGCCCGUCCGCCGCCCGCGCCGCCCGCCGCGGCCCGCCCGCCGCCGACCCCGAGCGCAUCCAGCGCCUCCGCAGCCUCAUGGUCAACGCGGGCCCCGAGCAGGAGGCGGCCGAGGGCGGCGCGGCGGCCCGGCGCCGGCGGGCGCCGCGCAACGUCCUCACCAGGAUGCCCCUGCAUGAAGGCAGCCCACUGGGGGAACUUCAUCGCUGUGUCCGAGAUGGUGUAAAAAUCAAUGUCCAUAUCCGCACUUUCAAAGGGCUUCGUGGAGUCUGCACAGGAUUUUUGGUUGCAUUUGACAAGUUCUGGAAUAUGGCCCUGACAGAUGUGGAUGAGACGUACAGGAAACCAGUAAUGGGCAAAGCUUUCUACGCAGAACCUCAGCUCACAAUAACCCGGCUGUUUGACAGACUCAAACUGCAGGAGUCCUCAGUAAAGAAGGGAGCUGACUCAAAGACUGUCUCAGAGGAGCCAGCCCUGACAAAUGACUCUCAGAUGCUUGGAUGGAAAGUUGGAUCAGGACGAGGUAGAGCAGAAGAUGAGCGUGAGAAACAGAAACGCUUGGGCAGAGCUGGCGAAAAGAAGAUGCCAGGUGACAGUUUGCAUCUGGCUGCCAGAGGUGAAGCUGAUGUGGGUAGCGGGACUGCCCACACGGAGGGUGCCAGUGCUGGUGGUACCCGUGCAAGAAGCCAGUCACGGAGAAAAAGGCGUCCCAAAGUGGAUUAUCAACAGGUGUUCACACGUCACAUAAACCAGAUUUUUAUUCGAGGAGAGAAUGUCUUGCUUGUCCAUUUAGCACAUUGA